AGCAGUCCACUUGCAGGAGCGCUUCACACAACCAGCUUCCAGUGUGCUGGAGAGGACUUGCAGUACCAGCAACCUAGCUGCUCUGGGGCUGACUGAGCUCUUGGUGCAAGAAACCAGCAGUGGCAAGAGUCGAAACAGGCACACCAGUCAACAUGAGCACAGCAGGCAAAGUUAUUAAAUGCAAGGCAGCAGUGCUGUGGGAAGCCAAUAAACCGUUCAGUAUUGAGGAAGUGGAAGUUGCCCCACCAAAAGAACAUGAAGUUCGCAUAAAGAUUAUGGCCACUGGGAUCUGUCGCUCUGAUGACCAUGUGAUAACUGGUGUACUGGUUAUGCCUUUUCCAAUAAUUCUUGGGCAUGAAGCAGCUGGUGUUGUGGAGAGUGUUGGGCAAGGAGUGACUUUGAUCAAACCAGGAGACAAGGUUAUUCCACUCUUUGUUCCACAGUGUGGGGAGUGCAAGAGUUGUUUAAACACCAAGGGUAACCUGUGCAGUAAAACUGACCUUGGUACAAGUGCUGGAUUAAUGCCUGAUGGUACCACUAGAUUCACCUGUAAAGGAAAAGCAAUUCACCAUUUUCUUGGUACAAGUACCUUCACUGAAUACACAGUAGUGCAUGAAUCUGCUGUGGCCAAAAUCGAUUCUGCUGCUCCUCUGGACAAAGUUUGUCUAAUUGGCUGUGGAUUUUCAACAGGUUAUGGGGCUGCUCUGCAGACUGCCAAGGUGGAAUCAGGCUCCACCUGUGCCGUCUUCGGCCUCGGAGGAGUUGGCCUCUCUGUUGUCAUGGGCUGCAAGGUGGCUGGAGCUUCCCGCAUCAUUGCUGUGGACAUCAACAAGGACAAGUUUGCCAAGGCCAAGGAGCUGGGAGCCACCGACUGCAUCAACCCUAAAGAUUUCAAUAAGCCCAUCCACGAGGUGUUGAUGGAAAUGACAGGGCAGGGUGUGGACUAUUCCUUUGAGGUCAUCGGCCGUGAGGAUACCAUGACUGCAGCCUUGGCCUGUUGCCAGCAUAACUAUGGAGUCAGUGUGAUUGUAGGUGUGCCCCCUGCAAAACAAAAGGUCACUUUUGAUCCCAUGCUCCUCUUCACUGGUCGCAGCUGGAAAGGCUCCGUCUUUGGAGGCUGGAAGAGUAAAGAUGCGGUUCCUAAACUGGUUGCUGACUACAUGAAGAAAAAGUUUGUUCUGGAUCCAUUAAUAACUCACACACUUCCUUGGACAAAGAUCAAUGAAGGAUUUGAUCUUCUAAGGACAGGAAAGAGUAUCCGCACUGUCCUGAUGUUUUAGGAUUCCCAGAUGUUAAGCAGCAGAUGGCUCACCAUCAGUAUGAACUUCACCAUCCUCCAAUACAACUUAUACGAAAUGCAAACCAAGACUUUCCUGAAAGAUCUACCACUACCCUUGAAUAAAAGGAUCAAGCUCAAACCCCACAUUUCAAGCACAGCAUUUAUAAAUGAAGCAAUCUUUUUCCUUCUGUCUCCUCAUUCUUGUUUUAAAUCCUUCAUAUUGUGCUGCAAUUUUUAAAUAGCCAGUUAUGAAUCACAGGUGCUACAAAAAGUUUGGAAUUUUUAAAAUUACUUAUAAUAUGCAAUCUUUCAAUAAAAUAAAAAUGAAGGAAA